CGACGACAAACUAGCUAACUAACUUAACUCGCUAACUAACUAACAAGACACACAGAGUUGGAAGCACUGACCGGUGGUUGUUUCACCGUUCAUUUGAAGUGAAAGAUAAGAAAGUCCACUUCCUACUUCUUUGCUCUCUCUUUCUGCCCUGAAGCGGCAGGCAUAAGGACCUGUGCAGGCAAAAUCCCCCAGAGUCUACUGCCGGAUAGAUCUGUAAGGACGACUUCUUUCCACAGUACCUGGGUGGCUGUCCCUUCUCCGAAAUGGCUGGUGUCAGUGGCUGUUUAAAAUAUUCUAUGUUUUUCUUCAACUUCUUGUUCUGGAUAUGUGGUACGUUGAUCCUGGCACUCUCGAUAUGGGUGCGAGUAAGCAAGGAUGGCAAAGAGAUCAUCUCUACUGGAAGCUCUGGCACGGACCCCUACAUUGCUGUGAACAUCUUGAUCGCGGUGGGGGCCAUCAUCAUGGUUCUGGGCUUCCUGGGCUGCUGUGGUGCUGUGAAAGAAAGCCGUUGCAUGCUUCUGCUGUUUUUCAUCGGCUUGCUCCUGAUUCUGCUCUUGCAACUAGCAGCAGGAAUUCUGGGAGCUACUUUCAAAUCUGAGUCUAGCCACCUUCUGAACCAAACGCUCUAUGAAAAUGCAGAACUCUUGUCUCAAACAACUUCUCAGGCAAAAGAAUUCCAGCAGGCCAUGAUUGCACUUCAAGAAGAGCUUAAAUGUUGUGGCUUGGUCAAGGGAGCUGAAGAUUGGGGAAGUAACUUUAAUGAUGCUCAAGAGUCAUGUAAAUGCCCAGAUCCAUCAGAUUCUUCUCAGUGUACUCCUUAUGCGGGAAUUAGUGUGCAUAAACAGACCUGCCUUUCUCUGAUAAAAGAUUUGGUUGAGAAGAACAUUAUCAUCGUCAUUGGAAUCGCUUUUGGACUGGCGGUUAUCGAGAUUCUUGGUUUGGUGUUUUCUAUGGUGCUGUACUGCCAGAUUGGGAGCAAAUGAAUCGGCGGAUUUACGAAGUUAUCAUCAACACCAUUUAAGUUUUUUUGCCUUGGCUUUGUAACUUUGAAUAAGUGAGUACUGUAAAUAUCAGGAGCAAAUGUCUUAUUAAAAUGUCUUGCCUAGGUAGACUACAGAUAUCUUCACACGUAUUCAGCAUAUUUAAAUGUGAGGGACAUAAGAAAAAAAUGGAUGUGUAAUUUUUUUUUUCUCAAAAUAAAAACAGUGUUUACGUUGAUGCUU